GCCAGCAUCAGCUCCGAGCAUUGAGCACCUAAAAAUCUGGUGUUGGUAGGCGCAUCUCGCGCAGUUCAUUGCCGUGUCAGCUUUCCACGCACAGCCUGCAAUGAUUCGGUGUGAGCACAAGUAUCGAGAUUUAUGGAGUAACUUCGAGGAUUGCCGUCAUGCUCCGUCCCUUACACCACCUGCAUCCCCUUUCACGCGUCAGUAAAUCCCUUGGAACCGCUCUGGCGGCAAGUCGUCGCAACAUCCUUAGCGAAUCCCCCCCGUAUGCGUCGCAUUCCACCCUUUGACUUCCAACCCAACAUCUGCCAUCGACACUAGUAUGUAUCCUCGUCUCUCCUCUCUCCUGCACGGGCCAUUAGCCUCGCGCGUCAGCGUUAGUGCGCGUCGAUCUCGCCUGGCGUCACGGACAAGGAUCCAGCUUUCCGCUCCGGCCUGCUAGCUCCCUGCUGCACUCCAUCUAGCCGCCAGCGCGGAAUUUUCUGCGCCGCAAGUCAGCAACGGUGCAUCAGCGGCUGGGUCUCGCGGCGGUUCUCAGGUUCAGGUCGACCGCAGCCUGUCGAAUCGAGGUUUAGGGUUUCCUGCUGGAUUUGAUGCACAUCCGUUGCGCUCUGUCCUUUCUUCCAUACUGUAUCGUCGUCGGCGAGAGAUUCCGGCCCGUGCUUCGCUCCCUGGCCGUCCACUGCCGUUCCUUUGCCGCCCCGUGCCGUCGUCUGCCGUCCUUUGCUGCAUCCGUCGAUGCCAAUUGAGCCCCCAGCAGCUUACUCUUGUCCAUUCCAGACGGAAAGUACCUGCACCUAGCGCCGCAGCUUGAUUACGGUGCCACUUCACACAGCAUCCCAGCACAGCAGAAGCAUCCUCCGCUGUCGCCCUACACACAUCAGCCACUCACUCAUAGUUGACCUCGCGGCGUCGCGGCGCCCCAUGGCCAGCCAAGGCGACAGCAGCGGGGGAGCAGCGAACGGGGCACAAGCACCGGCUCCGGCGCAGGCACCGGUCUCUGAGGCGUACGCGGCUUACUACCAGAACAUGGCGCUCGAAUACGCGGAGCAGCAGCGCCUGCAGCAGCAACAGCAGCAGCAGCAGGCGACGGCAUAUGGGCAUGGCUCGUCGUACGAUGCUUGGUAUGCGUAUGCAUAUCAGCAGCAGCAGCAGCAGCAACAGCAGCAGCAGCAGCAGCAGCAAGAGCAGGAGGCUCAAGCGUCGCAGGAUCCAGCAGCAGUAGCAGCGGCAGCCGCAGCAGCAUACGCGCACUACUCCGCAUACCCCUACCCCCAGGCCCAGCCCUAUUCUGCCGCUCCCCCUUCCGCCCCAACGCCCCCUCCUGGAGCCCCUUCCGCUCCCACCCCCGCUGCUGACCAAGCGGAGGACAUUGCUCCCCCUGGGGCGGAACCCCUUGCCCCCCCUUCCGACACCACCACAGCCACAUCCUUCCCCUCCCCCUAUUACUACACCCCCGGAUCCGCCCUUCCGCCUCCUCCCCCAACAGGCGGGGCGGAACCCGCCCCACCUCCUCCCCCGCCCCCUUCGGCUUCCCCGCCUCCGCUGCCCCCUCCUCCCCCACCCCCUGUGCAGCCCGCAGCAGCACAAGAUGGGGCAGCGGCAUGGGGGUAUGGUGGGGCGGGGCAAGCGCAGCAAGGAAUGGCAGGCAGCGAGCAGCAGCAGCAAGCAGGCGUGGCAGCAGCAGCAUAUGCACCUGUAGCCCCUGCUGGGAUAUGGUGGAACGGACAGUGGCACCCCCAACCACAGGUGCACGCGGCAGAGCACACGCAGGCAGCGCAUCCAGCACAGGCAGCACAGGCAGACGCACACGCACAGAGUCACUUGCAGGCUCAGCCAUAUGGGGAGUACCCCUCUGCUGCUGCUGCUUAUGCAGCUGCAUAUGCCGCCUCUGCUGCUGCUGCUUCCACUGCGCCUGCUACUGCAGCAGGAGCCGGUGAGGCAGAUGCCAUGGCUGGGGCGGCAGGGGGAGCAACAGUGGCGGGGCAGAAUGGCAAGGCGGGUCAAGGGGCGGAUGCCAGUGCGCCGUAUUUCAAGUGGCAGUACACCGAUGCACAGGCUCAGAGGAAGCAGCAGCAGCAGCAGGUGAAGGCGGCAAGCAGCGCUCUCCAGUCCAAGUUCCACAUCCCCUUCAACCCCCGCUUCGCCUCCUCUACCUCUGCAGCAGCAGCAGCAGCGGGCGGGCAGGGCGGCAGGGAGGGCAGCAGUGAACGUGGUGCGGCGGGGCUGGCGUCACCCAGGCACAGGGGUGGAGGGAGGGCAGGGCCAGUGGCGUAUGUGUCAGUGGAGGAGGGGGCGGGAAAGAAGGCCACGAGUGUGGACGACGCUGCUGAUGCUGCCAUCCAGCCGGGCAAGUUCCCCCCUGGGCUGGCUGCGUAUGUGGAGCGGGUGUUGGCGCGGUGCAGCACAGCGCAGCAGAAGGAGGACAGCCAGCGACUCAUGAAGCAGAUGAUAACGGAGGCAGCGCGCAACGGCACGCUUUUCACCAAGAACUGGGACACCGAGCCGCUGCCCUCGCUGCUGCACACCGCCGCCGCACCCACCGCCACCACGCCAUCAUCCAGCACGCCAUCGUCUGUGUCGUCCCCCACGCCGUCGCGCAAGGCCAAGCGGUCGCGGUGGGGCGACCCCCUUCUGCCCGAGGAGCACGCCAGCUCGCCCGGUGCUGCGAUGCCCUCCCACAAUCCUCACCCACUCUCCACCGCUCUCUCAUCCCUCCAGUCCCCCUGGUUCCGCGCUUCAAAUCAGCAGCAGCAAGGGGGGCGGGGAGGGAAGGGCAGGGCAAGCAGGUGGGCGCCUGACACAGCAGCGGCCGACACAACCACAGCAGGGGGGGUGGCAGCAGCAGUGGCGGCAGCAGUGGCAGCAGCAGCAGCCGUUGCAGCAUCAGCAGGGAGGGGCGCAGCAGCGGGAGGAGCAGGUGCAAGUGUGGGGGCAGUGGGCCUGGGGGAGGCGGACAGGAUAGCGGAGGAGCUCAAGGAGGGGUACUUUGCGGGGAGCGGGGGGGCGUUUGGCGUGGGCGUGAAUGAGAGUGCAGGGGAGAAGGCGCGGCGGCAGCAAAGAGCCGCCAGAUUCGAAGGCACGCUGGGGCAGGAGGGCGAGGGCGGGGCAGGGGAGGGGGGGGGGGGGGGUGGGAGGGGAGGCAAGGGCGGGAAGGGAGGGAAGGGUGGGGGUGGGGCAGGAGGAGCGGCGGGGGGAACAGGGGGGGUGAGGACGUCCAUUCGGAGAGCCAAGGCGCACUCCAUGGCUCUGGCACGUGCUGUGCGGCAGGGCCGCGCCGCUGCUGCUGCGGCUGGUGCUGCGGGUGGUGGGUUGGGGGGCAUGGGGGGCGGGGCGGUGGAGGACAUGGACUGGGACAUGCUCACCAUCAAGGGCACGUGCAGGAAGGUUGAGAAGAGCUACCUGCGCCUCACCGCCGCACCCGACCCCUCCAGUGUGCGACCCUUGGACGUGUUGCAGGAGGCGCUGGCCAUGGUGCUGGCAGCGCACUCACAGGGCGGGGCGGACGAGGACGAUGGGUGCGUGGGGGGGGGACAGGGCGGGAAGCGCGGGUAUCUGUGGCGGUGCGACCAGCUGAAGAGCAUUCGGCAGGACCUCACAGUGCAGCGCAUCCGCAACGAGUUCACCGUGCAGGUGUACGAGGUGCAUGCGCGCAUGGCGCUGGAGGCCGCGGACAUGCCCGAGUUCAACCAGUGCCAGGCGCAGCUGAAGGGGCUGUACGGGGAGGGGUGGCGCGGGCACAGGGGCGAGUUUCGCGCAUACGAGCUGCUGCACAACGCCUUCUCGCAGGGGCCGCGAUACGACCUGCAGCAGGCCAUGGCCAGGCUGACCCAGGAGGAGCGGCAGGAUGCAGCGAUGGCGCAUGCGCUGAGAGUGCGCGAGGCGUUCAGCCGGCGGGACUAUGUGAAGUUCUUCUCGCUGUACCGCUGCGCGCCCAACCUCAUCCAGCUGCUCAUGGACAUGCAGGUGGAGAAGCAGCGGUUUGAGGCUGUGCAGAGCAUGGCCAAGGCGUGCCGGCCGUCGCUGCCAGUGCAGUACAUCGCGCAAGUGCUGGCGUUCGGGGACGACAAGGACGACCGUGACGACAAGGACGCCGCACAGCCUCAAGAGGGGGAUGGCAGCGGGGGCCCCCGAGGGGAGGAUGGCGGUGCGGUGGUGCAGGAGUGCUGUGAGUGGCUCAGGGCGCACGGGUGCACGCUGCUGGCCGAGGACUCACCCGACCCCCUGCUCGACUGCAAGGCGAGCGCUGUGGGGCUGUUCAUGCCAGAGGCAGAGGACGUGGUGCCACACGGCGACGCCAACCUGCACGUCGACGACUUCUUCGCUCGCCGCACCGACGACGACACCCCCACCCCCGACGGGGGAGGGUGGGUGGGUGGUGAUUGGAGAGGAUUUGUGUGGGCGAUAGCAGGCACGUGUGGGGAAGAGGCACAUGUGGAGAGACGGAUGUGGAGAGCCAGCCAGCCUGGCUGGCUCGCGUUGUUCUGCUAGCAGGAUGUGUAGGUGUGCAGUUACUGGCAGCUAAUAUAGAGGAAGGAGAAAGAGGUGCAAGUGGAAUUCUCUUGUUGGCUGUGCAGGUUCAGCACCAGGUGGAUACCACUAGGUCACUCGCACAAGCAAUUCAGAAGCUCUGCUUUGAAAUGGCCAACGCAGAAUUUGUUUGGGAACAGUCUUUCCUUAAGG